UCAGUUUGUUCGUGUACGUCCCCAACAUCUGUUGAACUAUGACUGAAGUAGAACUUGGAGCAGAAAAAGUAACACAAAUCGAGCCAGAAAAUGGGACGGACUUCGAGGAAGAAAAAGUAACCGAAAUCGAAUCUAAAAGGCCAACGAAAAACUACACAACAUCCUUUAAAGUGCAAAGCUAUUUCAAUACGGUUGUCCACAUUUUAAACGGGGUCGUUGCUUGUGUAAUGACUCUUUACCUCAUACGGGAAGUACGAAAUGAUUGGCCAAGCACGAAUGACACAUUUCCGUUGCAUGCAUGGCUAUGCACUAUCGGCUACCAGGUAUUUAUGGCCGAAGCAAUACUCGUAUACUACGCACCAAAUUCGUGGUCAUAUUUCCUUUCGUACAAAGUGAAAAGACAUUUACACUGGAUAUUGCAUACGAUCGGUGCCAUUUUCAUAAUCUCCGGAAAUGUACUGAUCAGCGUUAUAAGGACAACGCCCCACUUCACCAAUCACUACGGAAAUCUAUCAAUUCAUUCUGUUGCAGGUCUAAUCUCGAUGAUACUGUUGGCUAUGACAAUACUGCAAGGAGUGUGGGCAUAUUUUGCCUAUGAUUUACGCACGUACAUGAAGCCAGUCACUAGCCGGUUCUUGCACAAUCUCGUAGCGCUAUUAUGUUUUGUUUUCGGUAUGAUAAGUUUGUGUUUCGGCUAUCCGUAUGGUGCAGACCAUGGUGCAUUCGAUUCGAUUGAAGUGGAAUAUUCACUGUACGCAAUUGCUGCGGUAACAACCGUUUUUUCGGUAAUUGGUGCUGUAAGAUCUGGCUGGAGAGCUUUAGAUAAAAUACAAGUGUAGUGUACACUUCUGAUGU